AUGCCGGAGCUGGUGGUGACAGCGCUGCUGGCGCCGUCGCGCGUCACUCUGAAGCUCCUGCGCGCCUUCAUGUGGAGCCUCGUGUUCUGCGCGGCGCUGCUGACCGCCGCCGUCUAUGGCUGCAUCGCGCUCACGCACGUGCUGUGCCGGCCCCGGCGCGGCUGCUGCGGGCGCCCCCGGCGCACCCCACCCGCCUGCUUGAGCGACCCCACGCUGGGCGAACACUGCUUCCUGACCCUCAAGAGCUCGGGCCUGCGCCUCCACUAUGUCUCCGCUGGACGUGGCAACGGACCCCUCAUGCUGUUUCUGCACGGCUUCCCGGAGAACUGGUUCUCCUGGCGCUACCAGCUUUGGGAGUUCCAGAGCCGCUUCCACGUGGUGGCUGUGGACCUACGGGGUUACGGCUCCUCAGAUGCACCUCGGGACGUUGACUGUUACACCAUCGACCUGCUGAUGGCGGACAUCCAGGAUGUCAUCCUGGGCCUGGGUUAUUCCAAGUGCAUCCUGGUGGCCCACGACUGGGGUGCGGUCCUCGCCUGGAAUUUCUCCAUCUACUACCCGUCCCUGGUGGAGCGGAUGGUAGUUGUCAGUGCGGCCCCCAUGUCUGUGUACCAAGACUACUCUAUACACCACAUCAGCCAGUUCUUCCGUUCCAACUACAUGUUCCUGUUCCAGCUUCCCUGGCUGCCUGAGAAGUUACUGUCCAUGUCUGACUUCCAGAUCCUGAAGACCACCCUCACACACCGCAAGAGAGGCAUCCCACACUUAACCCCCAGCGAGCUCGAGGCCUUCCUUUAUGACUUCUCCCAGCCCGGUGGCCUCACUGGGCCCCUCAACUAUUACCGAAACCUCUUCAGGAACCUUCCCCUGGAGCCCCAGGAACUGGCCACGCCCACGCUGCUGCUGUGGGGAGAGAAGGACACCUACUUGGAGCAGGGGCUGGUAGGAGCCAUCAGCAGUCGCUUUGUGCCCGGCCGGCUGGAGGCCCACAUCCUGCCGGGCGUGGGGCACUGGAUCCCACAGAGCAACCCCGAGGAAAUGCACCAGUACAUGUGGGCCUUCUUGCAAGACCUGCUAGGCUAGCAGCCCUCGCUCCCUGGCCUGUGUGCACCUGGGAGUCCACACCACGUGCACACAACGACGGACUCCCGGAUCACGCACAGGCGUGGAACUCCUAGACCACACACGAGUGUGUCUGUGGAUGCCCGCAGGCGUACCAGGCUGUUUGCUCACACACCGGUGUGAGUGUCUGUGCACGUGAACAAGCACUUCAGCCCUGGGGAACCGGGUACUUCUCUCCUCUGCGGAGCUGGAUACCCAGUGUCCUACCUCUCCCCUCCCUGGGGCCUUCCCCUUCCUGCCAACGUCAGCCGCCAGAGCUGCACAAACCACAGAUUCUGACCUUCCCGUCCCUGGCUUUCAUCUCCAAUCUGAGUCUUCAGCUUUAAAAGCUGUUCUGUCCAGUAGGGUAACUGGCAGCCGUAUCUGGCUGCUUCAAUUUAAAUGGAAAUUAAUUAAAAUAUGAUCGAUUAAAAAUCCA